AUGUUAGCGCCAGAAUUUUUCUGUAGCCUAAGCUUGUUCCUUAUUUUUGGACCAUUCACGAGCGGUGCAGUCACUUGCCCUGAUCAAACCUGGGAAACUUCCGCACAGCUUGAUGCUUGCUUGAAGCCAAUUCUCCAACCGGACAUUGGAGAGGCCCGAAACGAAUGUAGGAACCUGAAAGGCCGCCUAGCGUCAGUCGGAUCUGCUGCCGAAAACCAGGAAAUUACACGUAUCAUCCAAAAUUGGGACAAGUCGAAGACGGCCGGCUCGAUUUACUACCUUGGAUCUUUGAGAAAAUCCGCAAAAAGCAAAGAGUUUGUUUGGCUGGACGGCCGGCAGUUUGAAUUCACAUUUUGGGAUGCGAACGAGCCGAACGCGUUGAUGGAGGGGUGCUUGGAGAUCCGACUACCCUACGGAAAAUGGAACGAUAUCUCGUGUGCUCACCGGGACCUUGUCGCAGUUUGCGAGUACAGAACGAGCUGGCCCUACGCCGAGUCAUCGCAUCAAUACCUUGACCCAACCGCGCAAGAGGUGUCGGCACCAGCGAAACCUACAACGACAACGACAACCCAAAAAAUCACGACAAUCUCCCAGAAAGUUUGCGGCUUCGGGUGGUCGAUAGGACCGCAUGGAUGCUAUAAGUUUGACAUUACCCCAAGAACCUACAUCAACAGCUAUGCCUACUGCCGAGAUUUCAACAGCUUCCCGACGUCUGUCGUUGAUGAUGAGGAGAAUCGAUUUGUUACUGACCUGGCAAAACGUGGCGGCGAACCCUGGCAUUUUUGGAAUGGCGCCCAUGUGCACUUGGACGGGACGCUUCUGUGGGCGGACAAUGAGCGGAACGUCACGUACUCGAACUGGACCCAAAGGUUGUGGGGCAACACUGGAAUUGGGUACACGAAACCGGAUAAUAUUGCAACCGAUCGGUGUGUGGAGAUCAUGACUUUCCGCAACGGAAACGGAUGGGACAACACAUAUGAAUGGAACAACGAUCCGUGUGAUUUCGCCAAGGCCGUCGUGUGCAAGAAGCCAUUUGGAUAU